UUUUUUAUUUUUUCCAUUUACAUCUCGACAAAACAAAAAUCUCAAGAAACCGCCACCAUCGUCCACCAUUUCUUCUCUUCUUUCUGAAUAUUUUAAUUAUUAUUUUUUAUCAAAAAUUCAGAAUCCUCAAUGUCUCUGCACACACUCACCAACUUCCCUGAAUUCAAUUGUAUUUAUGAUCUUAUAUAGCCACAUCAAUUUCUCAGUUGACCCUAAUGCACCCCCUCCAAAAUUCGACAAUAAACCCAAAUAAAUUUACAAUCUUUACAGGGUUUUGUUAACCAAUUUCAAAACUUUUUUUCUGGGUUUUGUUCUUCACUGAUCAAACCCUAAUGGGUCGGAGACAGAUCGAUUCGGAACCCACCCGUUGGGUCGCUGUGAUCCUUCUCUUGAUGGGUGUUAUUUCUUGUUCGGUUGUGUAUAUGUUCAUGUCUGUGAUUUUGAGACCUGUUGUUCAAGAGAGUAAAAGUUUGUCAAUUUUGGAUGGUGAAUCUGUGGAAGUGGUGGGGAGUGAUGGUGGGUGUUGUAGAGGGAUUGAUAAGGUUGAGCUUUGGGGUUCUGCUGUGAAAUGGGGUUCGGAUUUUAAGUUUAAUUCGUCUGUUGAGUGUUGUGAUGCGUGUAAGGCGAUGUGUAGUGGUAAAGGUGGGCCUUGUUUGUGUGAUUCUUGGGUGUUUUGUGGGGAUCCUGAAGCUUGUGGGUCGAAAUUUGGGGAGUGUUGGUUGAAGAAACAAAGCGAUCCUUUGGCUCCCGAUAGGCAAGAAGCAGGAGACAACACAAUUUGGACUUCUGGCCUUGUUUAUGGAAAAGGCGAGGGCAUCGUGAAAAUGAAAACACUACACGGCACUCUUCACAUAAAACUUCUCCCUGAAUGUGCCCCGCGUUCAGUCAUGUACAUUCUCGAGUUGUUGACCAUGCGACAUUGCGCGGGUUGCCAGUUUUAUCGAGCCGAAGGACGUGGUCAAUCUUGGGAUUCAAAAGGAAAUCACAUAAAAUCCGCUUCUUUUGGACCUCCAUUUGCAUUGGUUCAAGGAACACUUGAAGCUGAAGGUGUUGCGUUUAAAAAAAUUCCAAUCGAAGAAUGUCCAGUCAUCCAAAGGGGCUCGGUUGCAUGGAUUGACUCGGGCCCAGAAUUCUUUAUCAGUUUAGCGAAUCAUGAAGAGUGGAAAAACACGUACACGGUUUUUGGAUAUGUUCUUCCUGAGGACAUGGAAAUUGCAGAGAAAAUUGCUACCCUUCCCACGGUAUCGGAUGUUUGGAACAACAUUAAUGUGUCGGUUUUGGAAAAACCGGUGUCGAUUUCGGUUAGUAGGGUUAACAAGGUUUCAAAGUAGAUUUUCUUUCUGGUACAAGUUUUUUAAUUUUGACAUUGAUUUUAUAUUUUUAUGGCUUCACUUUAAAGAGAGGACAUUUAUACAUCUUUUUUUUUAUGGAUAGAAAGGUACCAUUUUAAUUUGGUUA